AUGCCACAGCUUUUCCCCGCCAACCCCUCGGCGUCCAUGGUAAUUCGCCAUGUGACGCCCGACAUCGUGACCAUGAGUCUGCCAUUCGCACGAUUCGGACACCUGCAGUUUGGCGGACGUGGGACGCUGGUCAAACUCUCCACCGGUUCCCUCGCAGUCUUCUCCCCCGUCAGCCUCACACCCGAAGUCCGCGAAACGGUCGAGUCCCUCGGCGGAAACGUCAAGUACAUCGCCGCACCAGAUCUCGAGCACCACAUAAACCUCACCCCAUGGAAGAAAGCAUACCCGCAAGCGGAGAUCCUAGCACCGGAGGGUCUUCUCGAGAAGCGGCAAUCGAACCCAGAGCACCGAGACACGCCGUUCAGUUUUAUUUUCAAGAAAGAAGAUAAACUGCCGCGCUCGAUCUCGAAGGAGUUUGAUGCUGAAUUUGAAAGCGAGUAUGUGCAUUCUCAUGGCUCGCGCGAGCUUGUGUUCUUCCACAAGCCUUCGCGCACAGUCAUCGAGGCGGAUCUGCUGUUUAAUCUGCCUGCUAAAGAGCAGUAUUCUAAAAGCGAGGAAGGAUCAGGGACAAAUCUACUUACUAAGGUUGUCAUGCCGCUGAUGUCUGUCAAGCAGCCGUCGACAUGGCAGAGACGAUUCGCGUGGUACAUUCUCUCUGCAAAGGAUCGGACGGGAUUUAAUGAGUCUAUGAAGAAGAUUGACAGGUGGGAUUUCGAUCGCUUGAUUCCGUGUCACGGGGAUGUUAUCGAGACUGGGGCCAAGGGAAUAUUUCGCGAUGUCAUGGCAUGGCACCUGGAGCAGAAGAAUACCCGGGAUUGA